GCGAGCAUCGCGGAGCGCGCGGAGGCGGCGUCGGACGCGUGGAGCGUGCACGUCACGCCGUUCCUCGACCCCGCGCUCGCGGCGGACGCGCUCGCCGUCGUGGGGCGCAUGGCGGACGUGGACGCGAGGCCGUGGGGCGGAUACGACCGCGCGGAGCGCGUGCGCCUCGUCAUCGGACGCGCGGAGGUGUUGGACGCGCCGCCGGCGUGCGUUUCAGCAUACAAACUCUCCGGCAACUUCAUGUUCGACGCCGCGGACCACCGCGACUUCCUCGGCGCGGUGCUCGGGACGGGGAUCGAGCGCGACAGGGUCGGGGACAUCUUGGUUCAGGGCGAGCGAGGCGCGCAGGUGCUCGCCACGCCGGAGAUGGCGACGUUUUUAUCGCAGGCGCGUCCCGCGUUGACGUCGGUGCGCAGCGUCCCCGUCGCGUGCGCGGCGGCUCCGCUCUCCGACCUGCGCGUCCCGCCCCCGCGCGUGGACGCGUUCAACAGCGUCGAGGCGUCGAUGCGCUUAGACGCGAUCGCGUCCGCGGGGUUCAGAAUGUCGCGGAGCAAGAUGUCGGACCUCGUGACGUCGGGCGCGGUGCGCGUGAACUGGAGGGAGGGGUGCAAGCCGAAAACCGUCGUGGCGACCGGGGACGUGAUCUCGCUGCGGGGGAAAGGGCGGGUCGAGGUGGGCGAGGUGGAGACGACGAAGAAGGGGAAAUUUUCGGUGCAGUUGACGCGGUAUUUAUGA